AUGCUUACAGGUGCAAAUACAAUAGUUUCAUAUGCAUUUAACCUUCAAGGAAAGUUCCUUCCAUUUUUAGCUUUAUGCUUAAACUACUUUUUCAUUUUCAUCACAAAUAUAUGGUGGUGGCCCAAAACACAAACGCCAUGGUGGAUUCAAGUGCUUGUUGCUCUUUGCUGUUUCGGAGGAGAUGUUGUCGGAAUAUUUGCUUAUGACUAUACAUCUCUUGCUUCAGCAAUGUUACUAUCAACAACAGUCAUAUUUUGGAUUGCCCCUCUUGCCUUCUUCGUUUUCCAUAGAAAGAUUAAUUGGUGGCAAUUUUUAGCAAUGAUUUUAGCUGUCGUUGGUGUUUCAAUGGUUAUGGUUGCCCAAGGUGUCGAAGGAAGUAGAUUAAAAGGUAACCUUUUGGCAUUAUUAAGUGCGGUUUUUUAUGCAUGUUCUACAGUUUUACAGGAAAAGCUUGUAAAGGACGAAAGUGUUCACACUUACCUUCUGUCUAUUUCGACUCCUGAUUUUCCACUUACAGGUAUUUUGGCCGGUGCAUUAGAAUGGAAACAAAUUCGUGAUUACAGCUGGGAUGCCAAAGGCGCUUGCCUACUCUUUGGAUAUUCAAUAGUAUUGUCAAUAUACUAUAUGGUUUGCCCGGUAGUAAUGCAACAUUCAAAUGCUACCGUUAUGAAUAUUUCCUUAUUAACUUCAAACUUUUACUCGCUCUUUAUUGAUAUAUUUGCAUUUAAGAGCAAAGCAAGUUGGAUCUAUUUGGUAGGUUUUGUUUGCAUUCCAGCAGCAAUUUUACUUUAUGUCCUCACUGAACCUAAACCAGGACAGCAAGAAGUUAAACCUGAAGAGGAACAAAGACUUGAUUCUAGUUCCAAUGCAGAUCAAAAUGAAGAUGAUGAGGAAGCAAUUGUUGAAUCUCUUUGA